CCAAUUGUUGAGCUGCCUCACUCCUUACCUUGCAUAACCUUGGUUCAGCUGUCUCCAUCGUCAUCGUGUGCGGCGAUGUCAAGGUACUUUUAAACUCAGGCGCUGGUAAGUAUAUUACUAUUAUCUGUCGCCCAUGUUCCUCUCCUCAACUAUCAUCGUUCGGAUUCAUUAUCUACGCUCUGUGACCUCAGUUGAGCUACCCUAUUAACCCUUCCACCCUUGUCCGUCCUUCUUUUGCUUCUCCAUCUCUUGAUAUCCACCUCAUUCCUCCCCCCUCUCCUCCCCGCCAUUUGAUUCCACCACGAAACCUCAUAAAUCCUACUUAUUCUCUUCACAACCCAAGUGGCUCGACGUGUGGGGUCUUAUUUUUUUCUUCCUCUACAUCUUCCAACCUGCCUCUUGAUUUGUGUGGAAGCCGCAGGCCGGCUAUACUUGUGCAAUCAAGCCUCCCUGCUCUGGCCUUCUGUUCUGCCUAUCAUAGUGGAAUAGUUACCUCCUCGGAACCCUUUUCCUUCCCUUUGGCAGUGUUUGUCUAUGUCCCAGUACCGUGAACUGGGUGAGGAUUCUGGAAAAAUGGCCAUUUCCUACGCAAGUGGACUUCCAGCGGACCAUACUCCUGCUCUUCCGUCAUUUCGAGAGCUACUCCCGCCUCAUCUCCAUGACGAGAUCGAAUCGACCUCAUAUUUCACUUCUCGCCAGCAUGCGCGCGAGCGGCCUACAUCAGCAGCCCACGAAUUGACGUCCAAUCCCCGCCCUUUCUCUGAUCGUCCCUACGGAUCACCCCCGAAAUUGCCAUUCGCUGGCGAUUAUGCCGCCCGGUCGAGUGAACCUCAAAGCCGGAUGGCUGGGCACCCGACCGACCCCAUCGCAGGCUCUCCUCGCUACGCUUCUCGUGGUCCGAGUCCUAUUCUACCUUCCAUCCGGGACCUUCAGUCGCUCCCUGAACGGGGACUGAAUACUUCGGGCGCCGCUUACCCAGAUUCAAGGGCCCUUUCUCGACCAGACUUCGCAGCGCAGGAAUUCAGGGCGGGCCCGGUUGGCCCCCACGCAUAUCCCCCAACCAACAUUCCAGGCACAGUACCGGGUGAUCGGAGGAGCGUGGAUUCUUUUCCCGUCAUGCCCAAUCAGACUGGCUAUGCCUAUCCCGCAAUGGCUUACCAGAGUGAUUCCGAACAAGCUUCUCCGCAAUCCCUUUCUCAUGCUCAACAAUCAAAUUUCGGUAUCCUUGGAGAUUCGAUCGAUCCCAAGAACAAGCGGAGACGGGGCAACCUGCCCAAGCCAGUCACAGACAUUCUGCGUGCCUGGUUCCAUGAACAUCUUGACCAUCCGUAUCCCAGUGAAGAGGACAAACAGAUGUUCAUGACCCGCACUGGUCUCACCAUCAGCCAGAUCAGCAAUUGGUUCAUCAAUGCUAGACGGCGUCAACUUCCUGCUCUCCGGAAUCAGAUGCGAAACGGUGGAAACGACAUUGACUCUCAACGGCAAUCUCCCUUCAGUGACAUGGACCAGACGUCCCCGGAAUCAAUGCCGUCUCCUCACCAGAUCGUCAAAUCAUAAAUUUCUUGCGAGCACAAUCGGGGUUUCGUUUAGCGCCGGGCAUCAUUCUUGAUGCCAUUACCGCAAGAUACAUCCGACAUUUCAUGAGUUAUGUGGCUUCGGGAUACCAAGAACCAAAUAGACACGAGAGUUCGCCACCCCACCCAUCUUUAAUCUUUCUUUUUGAUCAUCAAAGAAUUCUACGACGAGCCGAGUGAGAUGGACAACCGCUCUUGAUACCCUUUACCGUUUAUCUAAUCGACUUUAUAAUUAUCGUGCGUGGCUUCAACAUUACAGGGUUUAUUUGGCUGGAACCACAGUUUGGGAAUGGUAGCUGCUCAGAUGUGCGGCUCCUCACCUGUGCGCCCUUGCCUCCCACAUUUUGGCCGCCUAUUGCGAUAUUGCAUCUCUAGGUGUUUUUGGUCAUUUUAUCGGCUAUCUUAAUUUCCUUUGUUCUGUCUUUCUAUACUAGAUCAACGUGUUUUCUUCUGUCUUUUGGCGCGCUUACACUUGCAAGUCGGUUGUGAUGGGUUUCACUUGGAGAUGAGGAUCAAGCAUAUGCAUGACUUUUUGUACAGUAUAAGUACGGAUGAUGUGACCAUGUCAAGUUAGACUGUCUUUCCUUUUCAUUUUCUGCUUAAUUUUUUGGGGAGGUCAUCUCAGGUUUUGGAAUUAGACA